AUGUCUUGUUGUCUUGGAAUAUACACUCUUCGAACUACUAACUACUAUCCAAGUGGCACAUGGAGAAUAUUUUCGCACCUCAGGAAGUUUGUGUUAGUACCAGUUAUACUCACUGCCUGCCCACUUAACGCCAGAGCAAUGCAUAGCCAAAACCCACAAAGUCUAGGUCGUAACUUUUCCAAAGGGAAGGGGGCAUUAUGA